AUGUCUAAGAUGCCAGUACAGAAGCAACAUUCUGACAAACUUCUUGACCUGAAACUCCAGAGGAAGAGAGCAUCAAUCAGGAAAAUCAACUCAGAAACCAGGAAAAUAAAGGCAGAAGCAAGAUGGUUAGAUGCACAAACAAAAAGUAUCAUCAUUUUCAAUAAGCAGGCCAAAGAAGCUGCCAACGGUAGCAAUCCAGGUACCUGA